GUCGAACACCAAACUUGAGCUCUUGGUAUGAUUACGGAACGACAUGGGGGCCACUGAAAUGGCAGCGAAGCAACUCUCCUGCGCUGUUGAGCACUGCGACCUCAAUUUUAGCAGUCAGCGAGAACUUCACCGCCAUGAAGGAGAACCCCACGGCGAGCUGAGGUGCCGUCUACGGGCUUGCUGUGGAAGUCCUGGAGCCACUUCUGCGGACGCAUUCGAGUCGCACAACGUAAAGGAGCAAGUACAGAAUGUCGUGUUCAACGCGAGGCCCGAAGUACAAGCCCCUGUGUCGGCGGAAGGCCAGGCAGAAGUUGUUAUCGUUGAUCGAGAUUCUCGACAAUCCCUCAAGGCCUUUCUACCAUUCAACAACAGCUCAGAAACGCAGCCAACUGCACCAGCCCUAGGGAGGCAGAUCGUAUCCAUACCGCAUAACCAAUACUCUCCAGAACCAUCAGUCACAGAACCACCACACAUAUUCAGUUACACGCCUUUACCUGAGCACCAGGAGGGUUGCGUCCCCAGAAUCUUCGAAGAAACUUGAUUUAGAAGAGCUUAUGGAACAUCGUCCGUCAGGAGGGCUUUAGUGAACGUUGCAAUGUCUUGUCUCAUAAUCAUGGAAGGCAGAGUGAUCGUUGAGAAGGACGUGGCAGUAGAAUGCUGGAUGGGUGAAAUUUACGUUACGAGUACUGGGCUCGUUCUUGAAAAUUGGCUCUUUGGCGGCGAGCUUGGUUUUCCUACCAAGGCCG